GCGAGGGCAUUCCUUUAUAAAGACACAUGUUGGCACGGUAUGCUCUGAUUGGAUAGAGACUGUACGAGACUCGUGUGGUGCGGUGUAGCAGCAGACACAAACAGUGUUGUAAGGGGACAGGCACAGAAUAGCAAGCGAGGAAUCGGUAGCCGCUGAUUUAACGCGAACACCCUUACUGAGGAGACAACAUUAACGUAACGUAGCGGGGAUCAUGCCCCAGUAGCAUUAGAAAUAAAAUUGUUUUGCUUUUCAUUUUAGGUACAUCUUUUGUUUUCUUUACAUUGAACAAUAGUAAUAGGAUGAUACAACACAGUGAUAGAAUAUGAGUGAUUUACUCAAGUUUACACGAUUUGUGGCUCGUAAAGGUCUGCGUUAUUAACAUGGUUACGUUAUAUACUGGACAUAGAACAUUGCACUAAUAAUUUACUGUGCAACUGUAAUAUCCCAUCAACAAAAUGGGUUCUAGACUGAGCAGACAGAGUAGUCUGGACAGCGAAACGAAAUUUUCAAAGAGGAGACGCCAGGCGCGUGACAGCUCUGGAGAAGCAGAGAGGAAUGGAAGUCGCGGUAGCGGGGAGUUUUUGUUUACAUCGUUGAUGCUAAAGUCAGACAAGCUACCCGGAAUGCUGCGGAAAACGAAUCACAGUCCGUACGUGAGGAGGGUGACAUGGAUCAGAGAGAUACAAAAGCUUCUCCGCGAACACAAGGUGGACCAGGCAGUCGACGUGCUCAAAUUACUGAGAAAGGACCUAGGUCUGGAGGGCACCUCCCUCAAUGACAUUCUGUACAAGAACGCAGCCUUCCUGAAUCUGGUUGACCCCAUUUCCCAUGAGCUUCUCAUCAGCCUGGCCCGGGACAUUCAGUGCCCCAAAAAGGAUGCUGACACCGUGAAGUCUUCAGACAAAAUCUGCAGACAGCUGAUCUACCACCUGACCCCUCACUCCAAGUGGCUACGACAGAGCAUGCCCAGAAGAAAGUCUCAGGCCUGUCUGAAAACUACACUGCAGAAGAAGCUGUCCAAUGACAUCGUGAACCUGUCGGGCAUCCCACUUUCCAGCAGAGAUGUCCACCGUGUGCUCUACUACCUCCAGAACAACGGCGACAUGGUGGUGUCCGUGGACCUGAGCUUCACCGAGCUCCAGGACGAGAACCUCAGGCUCCUGUUGCCCUUCCUGGGCAGCCUGCCAAAACUCACCACCCUUGCCCUCAACGGCAACCGUCUAACCCUGGCCAUCAUUAAGGACCUGUCCGAGGUCAUGAAGGACCCAAAGAAGUUCUCCAGCUUGGCCUGGAUUGACCUGGGCAACAAUGUGGACAUCUUCACCAUGCCCCAGCCCCUGCUGGUAGCUCUGCGCAGGCGAUGUAGUCUAAAGAGCAGCCUGCCUACCAUCUACGAGUAUACCGAGGGGCAGCCCUACAGCUACCACAUGGAGACCUCCAUCGAGGAGGCCAGCCACUACGAGGAAGAGGAGGAAGAGGAGGAGGAGGAGGAGGCAGAGGAGGAGGACAAGCUGGAGCUUGAGCCAUGGGGGAUUGGCGAGAAGAAGGUUUCCCAGAAUUUCACCCUGCACUACUGUGAGAGGUGAUUGCCUCAUCAUCACGUACCAAGCUGGCCUGGUCUUGUUAGAGGCCCCCCCCCCCUCUCUGUCUCUCAGCGUUCAGUUACCACCUUCUACAGCCUUGCCCCUACCUCCCCUACCUCCCUUCUGUUUCCUGCAUAGGCAAGUGUGAGCCGGCAAGUCAGCAGCAAGCAUUGAGAGGAUCCUCUAUCCAACAGAGUACCCUAGACCGCCUCGCCUCUAGAAGCAAGAAAGCUAGCAAACUAACAAAAAACAGAAACUCAGUCACAAAACCUGAACUGGAUGACAAGGAAAUUGCUGAAAUGUGGUGUUGCCUGUGACUUACUGUGUUGGUUGAUGGUGCUCCUGGAAACAAGGUACGGUUUCAUUGGAGGGGGUAGAAAAGAAAUUUGAGAACGCUCCCCUCCUUCUUAGUAGCGGCGGUGGCAACGGCGGAGCAGAUUCCGAAGAUCUUGGUGAGAAAGGCUCAGAUCAGAUGGACUGACGCAAGAGUAGCAUAGUGGUGGUGCUGACUGGAGCCGUAGACCCAAAGCGUGUUUUCUACCAGGACUGAGCCUGUCUGUGGCCGCCUGGGUCUAGCUCCACAUUGUGUGUGCUCUGUUAAUCUCCCAACAAAGGCUAUGAAACAAGUUCAACAGACUAUACAGCCGACGACCCAUCACGUGACACGAGCAAAACUGCAAAGUCAAGACUUUUCGCUUUUUCCCCCCCUUUCUAAACGUUCACUUGUGUCACUUGUGUAGAUGUGAAUGCCGGUACAAAACAUGAAACUGUUGUGUUGCAGGGGACUUUUUUUUGUGAACUGGGGAUGAACAAAGCAGUCUUAGAAGACAAACGGGUAAGACUCAACAAAAGGCCAUGUUCGUUAACUGUCUACAUUGGUCUAAAACACCUCAGUCCUAUUUUUGCUAAUGUUAUCUUUCAUGGUGGACUAUCUGAAUACAUUGAUUGAACCAAAUGCAAGGUCAGCAGCCUUACUGUAAUUAAGCACUUGAUGAGUGAGUGAUGAAUAGGUUUUUUAAACACAGUAAGUCAUAUUGUGUCAGGCUGACAACCUUAUGAAGUACUUCAAAUUUGUACUAAUUUUAAUGUAGAUUGUACAGAUCAUAUUACUGGAUAUGAUAGACAGGCCCAUGAAAAAGAUCAGAGCAAAAAAUGAGAAAUUAAAUGAGAUGUCUCAACCCAGAAAAGUGCCCAAUGAAUAAUUGCCAAAGUUGCUGUUACCCUCUCAUAAUCCAACCCUGGUAUCUAAAAUUCUAAAAUCCCAUAAAAGGGGAAGCAGGAGCAGGUACAGCUGCAGAGUGGAAGACACAGUUUCCUAGUAAAGUAAAUUUAAAUAAUAACUAUAAUAUGAAUAAACCCCCAGCCCCCCCCCCCUUUCCAAUUAAUCACAGAAUAGUGAGGUGGUGCAAUAGAGGGACCGCAGAGACUUGCCAGGUUCUGAGUGAGGCUCUCGUUAAUUAUGUGGCUUUUUGGGGCUGGAAGGCCCGGCCCGGGAUCCCCUGUGCGGCCGAGCCAUCUGCCCGCUGCUGAUGCACCGCCAACGCGGUGG